AUGAGUUUAACACGAAAUGGGUCUAAAAUGUCUAGACAUGGAAGAUUUACUAAUUCUCAAAUAUUGGAUUUAAAGAAGAAUAAAAUAUUUCCUCAAUCCAGUAAACAUUCAGAUUCUCCAACUGGAAUUUUUAUGAGUUCAUCAAAAGCCCCAGAUUAUGGAUAAGCCCAUUUAUUAAAUAAUGAUGCACUAAAAAACAAGAUCAAAGAAAAGAGAAUCCAAAAAUCAAUUGAUACUGAAGUGUUAUUGAAUAAAUUGGUUACUAGAGUAGAAUCUAAAAUUGCUUAAUCUCCUUUUAAAAAGAAGAUGUUAGCAAUUAAUCCAACGAUCGAAAUUCCUUCUCAAUUAAAACCAUAUUCCCUUACUCCAUAGUCUCGAAUAUCAACAUUCUAAAUCUAAAGUCCAACUUCGAAGCCUAGAUCGUCAAGCCAAAACAAAAGAAUAGAAAUUUAUUAUUUAAGUAAAUUGUAAAAAGCAUUUGACAGCAAUGGAUCAGACUACUUUUCUCGUAUUUAUCGAGAACAUUUCCAUCAAACUUAUUAAGGAUUAAAUCAUAGAUUUUUUCCCUAAAAUAAUAAUGAUUAUAACAGAUCAAACAAGUUGACAAAAAAAUGUUAAUGUAAAUUAAGUUUAAUAAAAUAGAAUAAAUAACACUUUUCUUUGAUUUGGAUGAAACAUUAGUACAUUGUAAUGAAAAUCCAUCAAUGCCUUGUGAUGUGAUAUUGGAUAUAAAUGUAUCAAAGAAUCAAAUUGUAAAAGCUGGAAUAAAUAUUCGUCCUUAUGCAAAAGAAUUAUUAAAAAACUUAUCUAAAAGUUUUGAAAUAAUAAUUUUUACAGCUUCUCAUAGUUGCUAUGCAGAAAAAGUAUUUGUAAUUUUAUGAUUAGGUUUGUAAUUUUUUGGAUCCAGAGUAAAGUAUUAUAAGUCAUCGUUUAUAUCGUGAUAGUUGUACUCUUACAAAUAAUUCAUUGUACACAAAAGACUUGAAAAUCUUUUGUGAUAAUACAAAUAGACCAUUAAGUUAAGUAGCUUUGAUUGAUAAUGCUUCUUAUUCAUAUGCAUGGUAAUUGGAUAAUGGGAUUCCAAUCAUUCCAUUUUAUGAUAAUAAAGAGGAUAAAGAAUUGUUAGAUUUAGAGAAAUAUCUUAAAAAUAUGAUAGGAACAAUAGAUGUUAGAGAAUUCAAUAAAAGUCAUUUAAAAUUAAACCUGUUCAUAGAUCAAAGGGGACCUUACAAAGUAUUAGAAAAUUUGUUUGGAAAGUAACAAUAACCAUAAUGA